CCCCGCGCCGCUCCCCAGUCGCCGGUGUCUGGCCCUGCUCCGCCGUUCUGCGGGGCGAACCGGGCGUUCCCGGGGGGUUCCGACCGGUUCCAACCUUCAGGCUUUGAAUAAUGUUAGGAAGCACGGCUGCUUUAAUUUUAUUUUGGAAGGACUCCUUUUUUUUUGCAGAAGGUGGAAGGACACUCUCCCAGGAAGCAGCUGCCCGGUGAGUCAUCUCCACGUAUAAAUAGCACUGGUGGGAGCGGUGCCGCGGUUUUGCUGCUCGCAGAGCAAAGGGGUGCAGUGCUUCCCUUUAGAUGGAGAAAGAGAGCAUCCAUUCCUUAGGAAAUCCUUGGUCUUUGUGCACAACAUAACUCCAGGACUUCAGUUUUUAGAGCUGCCCGUAAGCUGUUAUCCGUGGAGCUCUGUUCCAGGGCUCUUUGCUGCUGUAAUGCAUCCUUAAAGCUCGGAUCAAAAUGAUUUUGGCACCAAUGCAGAAUAUAAAGAAAAAAGUCACAAUUAAUCUUCCGUGCUGUUUAUUCUGUUUCUUUUGAUUCGGACCUGAAGAUCGUAGUGGUAAAUUUCAGCCCCAGGCUGGCUGUGGCUUUAUUUGGUUUUAAAUGAUGCUUGUGAAUAAGCAUCUUUUGGUGGGUGCUUACAAACAGAAGUUGGUUUGGACAACCUGUGUUUGUGGGAGAACCAGCCCAUGGCAGAGCAAAUGGAUAAUCCUCAAGUUCCUUUCCAGCCUAAGCCCUUCUGUGAUUUGUUGUGGCCAGAAUAACCCGGUGCUGGCCUUAAAACAACUCAAUUCCCAAACAAAUCCCCUACAGACCAAAAAAAAUCUCUUCAUAAAGUGACACUGACAUCAAAAAAAUCAUUGAAAUCCUCCUCGAUUCAGCCAGCAAACCAUUAAAUUGCCCGCGUCCUGGUGUGUUAUUCCUCCUGCCCAGGUCUCCCACCAGGCUGAACUCUGAGUUUUGGCAUUCUGAGGUUUUCUGUCGCUCUGUUUUUCUCCCCACACACUGCAAGAGGUUGGCAGGAUUGCAGAUCUGGGGCUGUGCCUGCACUGCGGGCAGCAGGCUGGCACAACUCAACCAGAGCUGCCUGCGCCCUUCUUUGCCUUCCAAGAUAAUUGCUCCAUUUAAAAGAGCAACCCAAACUAAUUAGACUGGAAGAAAAUCAGGACGAUUUUUGGAACGGGAUGUUGUUGCUGGGUUGGGUCUUUUCAUGUGUGGCAAAGCCUGAGUGCUUGGGAGAGCUAAGAGGGAUGAGGCGCAUUAAGUGGCCCCUGCCCACUCACACUGCUCCCUACAGAGUCAUUUAAUUCUUCAGCUCCUGAUACAAAAGGUCAUGAGCUUGGGAGUUCAGUGCAGGACACAGGCACGUAGCGUGCUGCACGUCUCUGCACGUCACAUCCAUUAACCAGCAUCCUCCUUCUGGUUUGCAGUGAGGAUCCCAACACAGAGAGCCCUAAAAGGGACCUUCAGCAAAGCGGUGCUUGAAGAGUGAUGGUCUUAAAAUGAAAAGGUGCUGUGAGGGUGUUGGGCUGCCAUGCCUGUUUAAGGUCAGUGUGAUUCUCUGUGUUUUCACCUCUCUGUCUCUUCUGAGGGUCAGGGAGCAGAAGUGAGGUCCCUGUCCUGCACGUCUGAUUGGUGGCAGGCGGUGAGCGGGGGCUGCUGGGUUUGGCACUGGGCUUGGGCUGAGGCUGUCCAGCUCUGUGUUGUCAGCAAUGUGGUUUUACUUUGAAGAGAAGGGCAGAUCCCAAAUCUGAGCCCAACCCAAAGGGAAACCACAUCCAGGUGACAGCACAAAAAUUAACCUGCAGAAUCUUUUCCAAUGAAAAGCCAGACUUGUCCUCGCAAGGAUGGCAGCAAGAGGGGUUUGUUUGCAGCUACACAAAUCGUUUUGUACAGGUGUGAUGUGAGUGGGAUGGGGAGCAAACUUUGCCUCUCCCCUUCUCCAGCACCCAUGGAACCACGCCAGCACUGUCCCCGUGUCCCUUGGGAGGACGUGUGUCAGUCCUUGGCACACUGACCACCUUGACUGCAGUACAGGGAUUAGCAGUGGCAAAGUGAUCUCUUUAUAGGAAGGAUAAACAUUCCAGGGUCAGGGCUGAGGUAUGUCAGCAGGGGAUUACCCCUAAGGUCCCCAGCUGGGUUAAUGAGCUACAUGGCAAAAAGUGGGCAGGGAUAAUUUGGCAGAGAAAUGCUGCUCUGCAGCGCUGGCAGCCUCUUGUGCUGUGUUUGUUGCCUUUGGCUCCAAAGCCAAAUGCUCAGCUCACUAUGGGCGCUCUUCUUCCUCCCGCAGGGUGUUGGUAUGGCCAGCUCCCGGCCUCCCAAGUACCUCCUGGUCUUCGAUUUUGAUGAGACCAUCAUCAAUGAGAACAGUGAUGACUCCAUUGUGCGGGCAGCACCGGGGCAGGCACUGCCUGAGCACAUCCGACAGAGCUUCCGUGAGGGCUUCUACAAUGAGUACAUGCAGCGUGUCCUGGCCUACAUGGGAGACCAGGGUGUCAAGAUGGGGGACUUCAAGACCGUCUAUGAGAACAUUCCCCUGUCUCCAGGCAUGCCUGACCUCUUCCAGUUCCUCUCCAAGAACCACGAGCUCUUUGAGAUCAUCCUCAUCUCCGACGCCAACAUGUUUGGCAUUGAGUGCAAACUGAGGGCGGCCGGUUUUUAUUCCCUCUUCCGUAAAAUCUUCAGCAACCCAUCCAGCUUCGACAAGAGGGGUUACUUCACCUUGGGGCCCUACCACAGCCACAAGUGCCUUGACUGCCCAGCCAAUAUGUGCAAACGCAAAAUCCUAACGGAGUACCUGGCCGAGAGAGCGCAGGAAGAGGUGGAGUUUGAGAGGGUAUUUUACGUUGGGGACGGUGCCAAUGACUUCUGCCCUUCGGUGACUUUGACUUCAGCUGACGUUGCUUUCCCCCGCAAGGGUUAUCCCAUGCACCAGAUGACCCAGGAGAUGGAGAAGAAGCAGCCUGGAGGUUUUCAAGCCACUGUUGUUCCUUGGGAGUCAGCUACCGAGGUUGCCCGCUAUCUGCAGGAGCUCCUCAAGAAGAAGUGUUGAGGAUGGAUGGCUCCAAAGAGGCUUGUUUACGAUAAACAGCUGGGAAGGGAGAAGGCUGGAAGGUCAUGUCCUGCACCCCGUGUUUAUUUGGCACUGCUCACUUGGACUUUGAUUCCUGCACUGUUUUCCUGCCUUCCUCUCCGAGCUCCUAUCUCCCCAGUGAUUGAAGCACUUUCUCUUCCCCACACAUCCUUUUCUCUUCCUUCUGCCACAUCGAGAUGAAGUCUUCUCUAUGCAGCUUAGAUGGCUUCUCUGCUGUUGGUGGUUGGCAACACUAAUGGUAUGGUUUGUUUUUUUCCCUUUUUGACUUCAUGAGAGCAGUUCUUUACCAUCCAGAAGCCAGCUCUCCCACAGGCUGAGCCCAGCACGUGAUUCCUCUUGACUUCACCCUUCUCACCUCCUGCCCAUCUCCACUCUCCAUGCAGGAGCCUCAUGCUGUUGCCUUCAACCCAAUGCUCCAAGGGCUCCUUGCCUCUCCAGGAAGCCACGAGAAAUUAGGUCUGGGCAGUUUGUGCUGCCCAGGCUCCCCAGCUCACCAUGCAUCCCACUCCUUGCUCAACAGAUGAGCCUCGCACAGGAAUUUAUUGUCCCUUCAGAUUUAUUUUCUGAAAAAAAAAAAAUCAUGAGAAAUCAAGGAAGCCUUUUGGAAGGUUUGCAAAAAUAAAAAGCAAUCCUCCUUCAACUCCCAUUGCCUUCACCCCAUUUUUUUUUGGGGGGGAGGCAGAACGGCCGCAUCCUGCUUGAGGAGAAAGACCUGACUUCACCUUCCUCUUCCUCCCCCAUCACUUCCCCUCCUGGGGCAGCAGCCACCCACUCAUCCCCAGUGCAGACAGCUCAGCUCCAUGUCUUUGCUGGGUCAUAUCGACUGCCCUGCAACCUCCUGCCUUGGUCCAGAGGUGCUGAAAUUCUCUCCCCCCUUUUCCCCCCAGCUGGAGAGAGAGGUGCUUUAGCACUUCUGAUAUCAGCUCCCCCAGAGGCCAAACCCUCUUACCCCACCACAGUGUUAAUUGCCCAUUCUAAUUGCACUCUGUAAAAGGGGGCUUGCAGUAUUUUACUCUCUGGUGUUGGCUUUUCCUGGAUUUAUCCACAGCCUUAAAUGACCCCUGAGAGUGGCUUGUAACUACUCCAAA